AUGGAAAACCUGACGUACAACAGCGACAUUUUGCAAUUAGAAGGACUGAAGGUGUCUGAGCAGUUUGUGAACCCUGCUUUUGUAUUGCUACUUAUUUUCUAUGUGAUACUAAUUGUGAUGAACUGUGGAAUAAUUAUGGUAAUAGCAGGACAUCGAAAUCUUCACGAACCCAUGUAUCUGCUUUUCUGUAACUUAACGUUUAAUGACAUUUUUGGUAAUACUAUCACGAUGCCCAGACUCUUGUUGGACAUUUUAAGAGAGCCGUCUCAACGCACCAUCAGUUAUCCAGAGUGCGGCAUUCAAGCGUUCGGUGUGCAAAUGUUUGGCGCCACCUCCCAUACCAUAUUGAUGUUGGGACUCACUUACAGACUCAACCGCUGCAGAACUUUCAUACCAAAUCCUUUCUGUGAUAAUGCGUCUUUGUUCAAGUUAUCUUGCGAUGAUGUGACAAUCAAUAAUGUGUAUGGGUUAACGUAUACAGUACUGCUGUUAGUCUUCUCCUUAGGAAGCAUCACACUCACAUACAUUAAGAUAACUGUCGUCUGCUUGAGAUCAAAAAGCAAAUCUCUGAACAGCCGGGCACUGAAAACCUGCAGCACUCACUUGAUUGUGUAUUUGAUAAUGUUUUUAUCUGGCAUAGUUGUUAUACUCCUACAUCGCUUUCCUGCUUAUUCAGAUUACAGGAAAAUGUUUUCUCUAUUGUUCUAUAUUGUUCCAAGCAUCUUAAACCCUGUUAUAUAUGGUCUGCAGUGCACUGAGCUCAGACAUGCUCUCACACAGGUACUGCGCUUAAAGAAAACAGGUCAGGGAAAGAUAUUCUCACAAUGA